GGCUGCUCCCACAUGUCCCAUCUCUGCUUGCUCACAGCACAAAAUCCUUUCACCUGCCAGCAGCUGUCACUACACAAGGCAACACGGGAUUUUUUUUGACCCUGAAAAUGAACUUUAGGAGGAUUUUCCUAGUCAAGUGCUUGCUGCUUUUAUUUCCCAGUGUAAAAUGCUCCAGCAGCAGCUGGCUUCACAAGGCAGUGAACGACACAGCUCUCCUCAGCAUCCCUGCUGCCCUGCCCCGGGGGAGCAUGGACCAGGUGACGUGGAGCAGAGGCAGGCAGAGGCUGGUGCAGCUCAGGGGGAGCAGCACCAGGCACUUUGUGAACAAGGAGCAGUGCAGGUGUGCCCUGCUCCGCAACGGGACCCUGCAGAUCCGGCGCCUGCGGACAGAGGACGGUGGCACCUACACGGUGAUGGUUUAUCUCCGUGGAAAACUGCAGGCAGAAGAAAACAUAACCUUACUCGUGCAGGAACCUGUCCCUCAGCCAAUCCUCAUCUCUGAGUGUGGGAAUAAAAACAUAUCUGUCAAGUGUGAAGCAAAGCAAAAGGCUAAGGAUGAAGCAUUUAUAAUAGAACUGAUUCAACCCAAUGGCAAAAAAAUCCAAAAGAAUGCAACAGUGCUGGAAUGGCACGGGUGGAAUCCUGGGACAUUCAGAUGUGUUGCUAAGAACAAAGUCAGUGAAAAAAUGGCUGAAAAAGUAAUCAAGUGCUCAGGCAAGAUGGACUUUUAUCUCAUCUUAAGCAUAGCAGGAGGUGCAGUCUUUUUUGUCAUCUUUGUGAUUUGCCUUAUUUAUUGUAUCAGAAGGAAGAAAACAAAAAGGAGUGAAGUUUAUGAGGAGGAGCGAGCCAUGCACAGCCUGCCCGUGGCCAGCCAGAAGGGGACACGGGAGCUGCCCCAGACCCCACCCAAGGCCACCCCAAAGCAGGUGAGGGUGCAGCAGCGGCCGCUGCCCCCGCAGCCCCCGGAGCAGCCACGGCCCCAGCCGCGGCCCCGCGCCCGGCCCCGCGCCCCAAACCUGCCCAGAGAGCGGCCCUGAGCGCCCACCCUGCUCCCUCUGCUCCACCAGCCCUGGGCAAGGAAGGGCUGAGCCCCUCCUGCCCAGCCCUGCAAUGCUCAGCUAUGGAAAGGCAGCUUUCGGUGCAGAAAAUUACAGAGAGCGUCAAACACGGAUGAGAAGACUCAAGGUGAUGAGCAUUCAUCCCUGUAGCCAUUUUUCUGUGGGUGCCUUCAGGUCAGGAUAUGGAUGUGGAGCACUGGGCCUUUCUGUGGUUCACUUGUUUUCACUGCACCUCGUUUUCUUCCUGCUUUUUGGAUGGUUUUCACCAAGAAGAAGCUAAAGCGCUACUGAGGCAAAAUGGACCAAUGGAUCUUACAGAGUUUUGUCUCCUGCUACACAUUAGGACAACUCUCUGGCUUCAGCAUCAAACACAUGGCCUCCUGGACCAAAAAAUAGUUGUAUGUAAUUAAAUAUUUGUCUGAAGUUGAAAGGAUUUGUGUUGUACAAUGCAGAGAAGAAAAUACUGAAAGGACGUGUGAGAGCCUUGAAGCACCAGCAUUGGAUAAAAUGGGAAAGGGAAAAACUUUUCCUUUCUCCACUGUGUUUAGAAAAGAAACUGAGCUUGAAUUGCAGCAAGGGAGAGUUGGGUCAGUAUUUUUUUUUUUUUUAAUGUAAUACUGAGGGAGUUUUCUGGGAGUUCUCCACCACUGGGAUUUCAAAGAGUGGAUGAGACAACAUUCUGUGAAGCUUCUUUGUCCUGACAAGGACCACGAAAAUGUGCUACACAGCCUCUUCAGGGACAGUUUCAACUCGGUUUUCUGUGACUUUUAGGCAAAUAAAACAAAUCUUUAUUCUCA